AUGUACUGCUUAUUUCUCAUUGAAUAUUUCAAGCAGAGAUCAAGAGACUUUAUUGAAUUUAUGAAUGAAAGUUAAACAGAAAUAAAUAGCACGUUGAUUAUGAUCAUCUUUUCAUUUCAGAGGGUAAGUUUACUAUUCGAUUUUGAUAAAUUUGCCAAUAAACCAUACAUUGAUUUUAAAUUGCAAAUUAUGUAACACUUCUUCAAUUGGUUUACACUCUAAACUCCUAUCUAACUAAUUGGUAAUUCAAGCCUAAACCAAAUUUUAUCAUACAUAAUUUGUGUUUAUUUAUGGAUGAUCUUAGUAAUAAUAUUUACAAAGUUAAAAUUAAGAUAUACAUUACAAAGCUUCUUUACUUAUUACUAAUUAUUAGUGCUUAUGCCUAUAAUCAAGCACUUAAGCAAUUAAUUACAAAAUGAGUAAGACCUCAUUUUAAAUAUCCUAAACUUCAUAGCUAUCUUCAUAUGCUACAUUCUCUAUUUCCUAGUGAAUAGGAACUACUUUUUACCUCAGAAAAAUGUAUUUCUAAGAAGAUACUCCUAUUUCAAUGCCAUGUUGAUAAUUAGUGAUGUUGCAUUAAUGAUCAUAAAGUCAAUAGUAAGUGAACUUAUUUGCUCCAUCUUCUUAGUACUAAUGUUUUUCCUAUUUCUGAUCGACUCUAUCAUAAUUCAACCUUACUGUCAAGAAAUCAAUUCAAAAUAUGUAAGUGCAACUUCUUUGAUGUUUUUUAUCUCUCUAUUAAAACUAGUAUCGUUUGAAAUAGGCUAAACUGAAACAUUUUACUUUGUUUUGUUACUUUCAACAUCAUCAGUUAUGAUAAUCACAUAAUUGUAUAAGCAAUAAAUUAGCAACCAAAUAUAUAAUUCAAACAUUAGUCAAGAAAAGAUGUUGGCAAUCAUCGAUAUUUUAAGUUAAACUAAAACAAACCCAAUAUAUUUGCAUUCCAUAUUAUGUCAUGUUAAAAAUAAGUAUGGAAUUUGGAUUGAAUGUGAGAGUUUCUUUUUAAAAAUCCAAUAAACUAUACUGAGCUUAAUGAAUUUAGUGAUUGAGCAAAUAAAAACAAAGGAUAUCCUUGUUACAGAGAACUUGCAACUUUAUAAAAUAAUGUACAUCAUCAAUGCGUGCAAGAAAACACAGUUAGGGUACAUAGAGUUGAAACAGUACAUGACUAAUUCAUAGAGAUAAUCUUUUUAUUUCUAAGUCAUCUCUAAUAUAUUGCAAGAGAAAAUGGCAGAAAAAAAGAAGUAACUUCAGUUUGGAGAUCAAGAGAAGAAAUUGUAAUUAUCUGAUAUUCGUAAAGCUGAAUUGUUGUAUGAAGACAACUUGAGUUUAAUGAUUUCAAUAUUGGAUACUAAGAUAAAAUUUUGGAUUGAUUUAGAUAAGGGAUAUUAGAGAAUUGAAGAUUUUGCUCUCAGUACUUUUAAUUUAAGUGAGAAGAUCUGGAAAUUGAGGGAUGCAUUGUUUAAUUGGUUUGCCAUUUAACCAAUGAAAUUGCAAACUCGAUUAGUACACUUCAACAUAUUAGAGUUAAAAUUAUUAUCUAUCUUAUAUUCAGCCAUCUUGAACGAUUAUCAUGCAACUUUGGACAUAGAAUAACGAAUUGAUGAGAUUAUGUCAUUUGAAAGGAAUGUACAAACUGAGAAUAUAAAUAACUUAACACUCUUCAAUAAUGAUUUGGUCAUGGUUGCUACAAGUUUUGCAAGAUAAAGAAGUUUAAUCUUAAAUAGGAAUAGAGGCUAAUUGGCUCAGUUCUUUGGAUUUAAGGAUGAGAAGGAUUUCUAGAAUAUACUCUAUAUAGAAUAGUUAAUGCCAACCUACAUCUAAUAGAUUCAUGAUAAAAUUGUAUUUAGAUACAUGAAGAAAGGAUAUUCAUUAUUGAUUGAACACUCAAAGGAAGUUUAUUUGAAAAUGAAAAAUAACUUCAUUUAAGCUGCUAAUAUCAGUUUGCUGCAUAUGUUUGAAAACGAUUCUGAUUACAUAAUCACAGGAGCAUUAUAGAAAGUCAAAUAGAGUUAUGACUUAAUGAUUUUUGAUCGGCGUGGUAAGAUAUUAGGCGUAAGUUAAUAGCUCUUUAGCAUUCUAGGUCAAGGAUUCACUUUGGACUAAUUAUUAAGUAGAGGAUUUGUGUAUUUUUGGUUCUAGACUAUAUUCCAAUAAAUUAAUGAGGAUAAGGAAUUGUUAUUGCAAUAGACUGAACUAUAAGCAAGGGGAACACCUAAAUCAUAUGUGUUAUCUCCCAUUAAUAAUUUCAAUCAAUUGUGUUAAGAUCAUGAUUUUAGCAGAGCCAACAGCACUGUUAAGAAUCAAGAAUCAUAGAAUUAUUUCACAGAAAAUAAUGAAACUGAAUAAUAGCAUUAUUACACUUAAGCUAACAUCAAUUCGAUUCACUUUCUUAGAGAAUAAAAUGUAUCAUUUAUUAAUGAUUUUUUAUCAAAGUUCAGUUAGGAUAAAUACAUUGAUUAAGAUGCUCAAUUUUCAAUUAAAUAUUAGUUGUACUUUUCAGUAUUAGGUGGUGAUAUCCUUCCUCAAUUUGUAUUGUAAAUUAAUGAUAUUGAAAAACUUAAUAAAAAGAAGUCUAUCAACCAUCCCUCUACUAGUUAUUAUAGUACAAUAAAGAAAACACUUCCAAGUGAUCCCUUUAACGAAUCUGAAUUCUAAUUAGAUCAUGAUGCUAUUGACAAUGCUAUCAGUUUCAAUCCCCCAAUUAUAAACAAGAUCAAUAAAAUACAAAAUCAAGAUUUGGAUGAAAAUUAGAAAAAAUAAUCAUAUAUGAAUGAAAGUCAAUAAUAAUAACAAUUGAUAUCUCCACGAGGAAAUAAAGAAAUCCUAAUUAAUGUAGGGUACGACGAAGAAGAUGAAGAAGAACAAAAAUAGGCUUAUGAAAUUGCUAAGAGCAGCUCUCAAUAAAAAUAAAAUAAAUAGAAUGUUGAAGAGGUAAUAUAACAAUACAAAGAAAUGGAAUUGGAAUUUAAAGACAAUGCUAAGUAGUCCUAAUCUAGUGCCACAUCUGAUAGGACUUAGAUGUCUGUAUUCAAUAUCCUCAGAAACCUACAAUAUACUUAACGCUAUUAAACUACUCUUAUUAAAGUCUUUAUCAAUACAAUGCUACUCUUUCUGGUUCUGCUCUUUUUAGUGAUUCUUGAGUUGAUUAUUGCAAGAAGUAACACGAACAAUCUUCAAUAUCAAAUUCCUCUUGUCAGAUUACCAGAUAAAUUUAAUAGAUUGUAUUGCACAUUUACUGUUCUAGGAUAAAUUGAUUUAGAAAUGAGAUUGCUUGGCUUUUAAUAUGGGGAUUAUUAUGUCUAUAGGAUUUAACAAGAAAGCAAUAGUCUAAGAGUGGAACUAUUAGAUUUGAUUGUUUAAAUAGAGCAAGAGUUCUCAAUUCUAGAUUAACAAGGAAAGUUGAACAAGGCUGAAAUUAAAAUAGUUAAUGAAUUUGUGUAUUAAGUUUAAAAUAUUUCCUUUUUGUAAUUUAAUUAAAUGGUCAAUGAAUAUACUGAAGCAUUAGAUAAACUACUUGAUGAGAAUGAUGAGUUGUCUGUAAUUAAUUAAUAAAUACGACUACUAUUUUUGAAGGCAAAUCUCAAUAAUUUAAUUGAUUUUGUAAGCAAUGUAGUAGAAAAUAUCGUGAGCGAAUUCUUCUCUAAUAUUGAUAAUUAUGAGUUUUUAUAUCUUGUUUUUCUAUUUGUUCAACUAUUGAUAAUCAUUGUAGCUGUGUUACUUUAAUUCAAAUUAUGGGUAGAACCAUAUGUCUAUAAACAGAAUAUACUUCUAAUGAUUUGUAGAGUACAAGAGAAAGAUAUAGAACUAUUGUUAUUGAAGUACAAGACAUUUAAGGAUGUCUUGUUAAAUGAUAUUAGUAAGUGGAAAUAGAUCAAUUAUUUUAAAGAGUUCUUUGUUUGCAGAAUAUCGCAAUUAAGAAGAAAUCAAAAACUUACUCAUUCACAUCAAGUUGAAAAAAAACAAUUAAAAUUAUAAUAAAGAGCCAAGUUGAAUUAACGAAUUUAGGAGACUCAGUAUUCCAUAUUGCAUAUCUAUUUGAUGUUGUUCUUUCUUUGGUUUAUAUUAACAGCAUAUGUGUUAUCAUCCUAUCUAUUUUAGGAUAUAAACAUCACGGAUUCGUUUCCUGAAUUGAAUUUAUGUAUGCAAUUUGUGAGAUUUAAAUAAAGAUUUGACAGUUGUUUAAUCAUUAGUUAGUUGAUAAAAAAUUAGUUAUUACUAAGUGAAUAUCAGAGGAAGAGUGGUAUUUAUUUCAAAAACCCAGAAUACAAUAAAACGGAUGGAUUUUUUCAGGAGAAUAAUUAGGUGCUUUUAAAACAAUUCAAAACUAGCCAAGACUUAUAGAAGGAAUAAUAUAAUUCAAUUUAUGAUAAUAUAGUGGCAUCGACUAAAAUUAGCGAUUAUAAUAAGCACUUAUUGUUAGGGUUAUUUUAAGAUGAUCUUUGUGAUUAUAUAGGUGACUAGUUGCCGUUUUGUUUUUAUUAGAAUGGGAAAUUUCAAUACUUUCCAGAUUUCCCAUUGCCAUUAGAUAUAAAUAACAAUCGAGAGCAUCUCAAAUAAGGGUUUAAUGGAUUGUACUAAGAAAUUUAAGCUCUUUUUUCGAGUAAAUUUGUAAAGGAAUUAAAUGGGGAAUUGGAGACAGAUGUAGAUGAAAUUGUUAAUUUUUUGGAGACUGCUGAAAAUCUUUAAUUAUUGAUGCCAUAUUUUUUUGAUCUUAAUAAAGCGAUAGUAGAAUUUUACGUAACGAUAAUAUCUACAUCUGUUGAUAUUUUAGAAACAGAUUAUUAAAAAUAUUUAAUCUAUUAUAUUAUUUUUGGAAUAGCAGCAUCAGCAAUGUUAUUUUCAGUUGUAAUUUUUGCAACAAGGAAACUAUAAAGAUAAAUUAGAGCAAUUAGAUAAGCAUUAGUAUUGUUACCGCAUGAAAGUUUAUUGGAUGUAUAAGUAUAUAAUGCAAUAAAGAGAUUCGAGUAAAAGAUGUGA